CCAAUUAACAUUAAUUUUCUCUCGAAAUCUUUAGUUUAUAACUCUCCAUAUAAUAUGUCUGGCGUUUGGGUGUUCAAAAACGGCGUCGUUCGGCUAGUGGAUAACGCCGGAUGCGAUAAGGCGACGGACGGCGGUCACCGGUCGAAACUCCAGCGGAAAGCGCUGGUGUUCAGUCCGACGGCGGAGGUGAUGACGUCAUACGCAGCGUUGGAACAGAAACUGAUGACGUUGGGUUGGGAACGUUAUUAUGAUGAUCCAAAUAUGUUGCAAUUCCACAAGAGAUCAACGGUCCAUCUUAUUUCUCUCCCAAAAGACUUUGGGAAAUUCAAAUCCAUGCAUAUGUACGAUAUCGUCGUCAAAAAUCGAGCCCAUUUUGAAGUUAGAGACACCUAACUCAUUUAAAAUUUUAAAAAAUAACAAUAAUAAAAUAAAUUUAAAAGAACUAUUACAAAAAAAGAACUCUACUUUGAGGUUUUCUGGAGAAAAAUAUUCAAUGGGACUGUUACAAUUGGAUGCUUCGCAAGGGUCAACUAUUGCAUGUAAGUUCAUAUGCUUCGUGUGAUUUAGAUUUGUCGGUCGUAUUGCUUUGGUCGUUGGAUUUGGAUUUAAUGGUGUGAGAUAUGUGUCUCUUUGUAAUGAGUUUUUAUAUGAAUAUAUGUAUUUUAAACGGCUGAAUUAUGUUUAAAUUGCUAGUGAUAGUUGCUGAUAUAAUAUGAUAUGUAUUUAAUAAACUACUUUUAUGUGGAAAUUUUAUGAAUAAGAGAUUUGAUUAU